AACUAGUGUUGCCUCCCUAGGAUGUGAGCUCAACUACUGCUUUUCUGUUGCUGGCCCCACGGACACUUUAAGCAGAUGGACCUCAGUCAAUUACUCAACGAGUCUUUCAUAAUUUCAGUCAGAAACAGGAGCGAGCCGAGGGCUAACAUUUGAACAGUAUGACAACGCAAAGUUUCAAAAACAGCAAGCAAGAAUUUAAUUUUGGACCAUGGAAGCUCACUGCCAACAAAAGUCAUAUUAUGAAAUCGAAAGAUAUAGAAAAGUUAGCUGAGGAAAUGAAGAUGCAUUCUCUGCCAGAGAUGUUGUUUGGUGAUAAUGUUUUAAAGGUUCAACAUGCUGGUGGAUUUGGAAUUGUAUUUAAUGCAACAGAUGCCUUAAGGACAGUGGAUAACGGGCAUGGUACAGUUAAAGUGGCAUGUGCGGAUGCAUGGCAGGAGAGCAGGGCUGAUUCUGAACACUCAAAGGUUGUUAAACCUUACGAUUGGACAUUUACCACAAGCUAUAAAGGAACAUUACUUGGUGAUAAUUUAAAGUUAAAGGUCACUCCCACAACUGAACGCAUUGAUCUGGAGAAAUUGAAAACAAGAGAACAAAUCAUGUAUUUUGAAGAAGUUUUGUUGUUUGAAGAUGAACUUCAUGAUCAUGGUGUUUCCAUGCUGAGCGUAAAAGUGAGAGUUAUGCCAUCUAGUUUCUUCGUUCUGCUGAGAUUUUUCUUGAGAGUUGAUGGUGUACUCAUACGGACAAAUGACACGAGAGUUUAUCAUGAGGCUGACAAAAACUACCUUCUUUCUGAGUACAGUUCGCGGGAAAGUUAUAUAUCGGCUCUUCAGAAUGUUCCACAAUAUCUUUUCACUGAUCCGAAUGAGAUCUCACAGUAUUUACCUCUGAAGCAGCUGACCUGUGAGAAAUUGGAAUUCCCUGAGGAUGUGGACAACAGCACUGUGCUGGGAAACGUUCACAUCUGUGUUAAUUCAGACGAGGCUAACAGAGAAUCAAGACAAACGUGAUAUUCUACGAAGGGAAGAAGAAAACAUUUUUAAAUGAUAGGCCAAUGUAAUACUGUUGAUUAUUUUAGUAACUGUCAAUAUAUUGGGGAACUGCUGCAGUAAAUUUUGUCUUGUCAAAAGCAGCAGCUACCAUUUUAACAGCUGUAAAGGAUAAUUUAUCAAAGGCAGAAUUUAUUAAAUGGUUUGAUUGACAAUUUGGGCUUUUUACAGUAGAGGCUAAAGCACUGUAGGCAGUGCAGCUUUCAGUUUUUUGUUUUUUUUUGUAAUGUGCUGGCUUAUUGGUGUUUCUAUUUCUUUUGCCAGUGAAAUGUUGAAUCAAUUUGAGCUCUGAAAAGGUGAAUGGGAUUUAUAACUGGUCAUUGUAAUUAAGGAUAAAAUUAGUAUACAAAAACGGUAAACUUAAACUGCACCAUUCAUGAUGUUCUGUAAUAUGUAUAAAGCUAUGCCACGACAUUCGUGUUGUUUUACAUUCAUGCUUUUCCCAUUAAUACAAGUAAAUUACAGCAUUUGCCCACACAAAUCAACAUUACAGUCAGUUAUCUGCUGUAAGUUACAUUUGUGCGGUUUUGUGUUGAUGACCAGUCAUUAUAAACCAAUAAUGGAUAUCUCUAAAACCAUGGAACACUGUAAACUAUGUAAUUUAAAUAAAGAUCAAUUUCUGAAUAGUU